AGCGUGGUCACGUGGUCGCUGGUCACCGCCGCCACCUCCCCUCCCGCCCUGUUCUCUUUCUGGUCGGGCCGGCGGGUUCCACGAGCGCCGGGCAGAGACUGAGGGAGAGAGAGAGAGAAAGAGAGGGGAGGAGGAGGAUUCAGGGAGUAGGAGCUGGGGAGCCCUUCUGCGCCACAGAAAAUUUCCAAGGACUUGGUGAAGGAAGACUUUGUGAAUGAAGAAGACUUUUCUGGUAGGAAAAUAAUCAGAGAGGCUAUAGCACUAUUAUACUACAUCGAUGUACACACAAACUCACAAUCAGGAAUAUUAAGAAAAGAGCCCUGAACUGCUGCCAACUGACUGUGACCUUGAGUCUCAGCUUCUGUAUCUGUAAACUGAAGUGGGGUGUUACUCACAGUUUGUGAAACACUGAUCUAGUGGAUUAGACACUCAAAGGCCUUCUAGGGCUGACCAGAUAUUUGCUGUUUUUCCAGCAGCUCAGUUGAAGAACUCAGCGGAUCUUUAUUUCUUGAGUCUUCUUUACUUCCUAUUUGCCAACCACGGCUUGUAUUUCGAGAACUCUUUUGUACUGAGCCUGACGUUAUCUUGGACCCAUCACAAGAGCAUGUAUUUUCAAGUAUCAGUUAGCUUUGUGGAUCAAUAAAGUUCUCCUGAAAGGUAGUCACUUUUGGUGACAUUGUCCAGUUUUCACAAUGUAUCAUUCCGUAUCUGAAACUAGACAUCCUCUGCAGCCAGAAGAACAAGAAGUGGGCAUUGACCCCUUGUCGAGUUAUACUAACAAGACUGGAGGAGAUUCAAAUAAAAAUGGAAGAAGAACAAGUUCUACUUUAGAUUCUGAUGGGACUUUUAAUUCCUAUAGGAAAGAAUGGGAAGAACUAUUUGUAAACAACAAUUACUUGGCAACAAUAAGGCAGAAGGGGAUUAAUGGGCAGCUGAGAAGCAGCAGGUUCCGCAGCAUUUGCUGGAAGCUAUUUCUUUGUGUUCUUCCUCAAGAUAAAAGUCAGUGGAUAAGUAGAAUUAAAGAAUUAAGAGCAUGGUAUAGCAACAUCAAGGAAAUACACAUCACAAACCCCAGGAAGGUUGUUGGCCAGCAAGACUUGAUGAUCAAUAAUCCCCUCUCACAGGACGAAGGGAGUCUUUGGAACAAAUUCUUCCAAGAUAAAGAACUUCGAUCAAUGAUUGAACAAGAUGUCAAAAGAACGUUUCCUGAAAUGCAGUUUUUCCAACAAGAAAAUGUGAGAAAAAUUCUUACAGAUGUUCUUUUCUGUUAUGCUAGAGAAAACGAGCAGUUGCUUUAUAAACAGGGCAUGCAUGAGCUGUUAGCACCCAUAGUCUUUAUCCUCCACUGUGACCACCAAGCUUUUCUUCAUGCCAGUGAGUCUGCACAACCAAGUGAGGAAAUGAAAACGCUCUUGAAUCCUGAGUACCUGGAACAUGAUGCCUAUGCAAUGUUCUCACAACUUAUGGAAACUGCUGAACCUUGGUUUUCUACUUUUGAGCAUGAUGGUCAAAAGGGGAAAGAAACACUGAUGCCUCCCAUCCCCUUCGCUAGACCACAGGAUUUAGGGCCCACAAUUGCUAUUGUUACUAAAGUCAACUACAUCCAGGAUCACCUACUGAAGAAGCAUGAUAUCGAGCUUUACAUGCACUUGAACAGACUAGAAAUUGCACCACAGAUAUAUGGGCUACGGUGGGUACGGCUACUGUUUGGACGAGAGUUCCCCCUGCAGGAUCUCCUGGUGGUCUGGGAUGCCUUGUUCGCAGAUGGCCUCAGCCUGACUUUAGUGGAUUACAUCUUCAUAGCCAUGUUACUCUACAUCCGAGAUGCUUUGAUCUCUAGUAACUACCAGACCUGUCUUGGCCUUCUGAUGCAUUACCCUCUAAUUGGGGAUAUACACUCACUGAUCCUUAAGGCUCUGUUCCUUCGAGAUCCAAAGAGAAAUCCAAGACCUGUGACUUAUCAGUUCCAUCCAAAUUUAGAUUAUUACAAAGCACGGGGAGCAGAUCUCAUGAAUAAAAGCCGGACCAAUGCGAAAGGCGCUCCCCUGAAUAUAAAUAAGGUCUCUAAUAGCCUGAUUAAUUUUGGAAGGAAGUUGAUUUCUCCAGCAAUGGCCCCGGGCAGUACGAGUGGCCCUGUACCAGGAGGCAGUGGUGGCAGCCCCUCCGCUGCUGUGCUUCCCACCAGGACAUUAACAGAGGUCCCCAAGCAGCAUUUGCAGCAGCAGCAUUUGCAGCAGCAACAGCAGCAGCAGCAGCAGCAGAGGCUGAUGAAAUCGGAAAGCAUGCCAGUGCAGUUGAACAAAGGCGAUGUAGUUACAGGAAGCGAUGCUCAGGUUUCUGUUCCUGUCCAGACUCUAACUGACCUCCAAGGACAAAGUUCUAAAAACAUCAGUUCAUCUCCCAGCACUGAGAGUUUGCCUGGAGGAAGAGAAUUCACUGGCUCCCCACCUUCAUCUGCUACUAAAAAGGAUUCCUUUUUUAGCAACAUCUCCCGUUCCCGCUCACACAGCAAAACUAUGGGAAGAAAAGAAUCCGAAGAAGAAUUAGAAGCCCAAAUUUCCUUCCUUCAGGGACAGUUGAAUGACCUGGACGCCAUGUGCAAAUACUGUGCGAAGGUGAUGGACACUCAUCUUGUAAAUAUUCAGGAUGUGAUACUACAAGAAAAUUUGGAAAAGGAAGAUCAAAUUCUGGUUUCCCUGGCAGGAUUAAAACAGAUCAAAGACAUUCUGAAAGGUUCCCUGCGUUUCAACCAGAGCCAGCUGGAAGCUGAGGAAAAUGAGCAGAUCACCAUCUCAGAUGACCACUACUGCUCCAGCGGCCAGGGCCAGGGUGACCAGCUGCCUGCGGCCACAGAGCAGGCCUCUUCAGAAACACCCGGCUGCACAGAUGGAGGGAGCUCAGAUGACUUCAUCCUGGUUUCCAAAGAAGAUGAGGGGGGCAGCGCCAGGGGGUCUUUCUCGGGCCAGGCCCAGCCUCUUCGCACCCUCAGAAGCACAUCUGGGAAGAGCGAGGCCCUGGCCCGCUCCCUGCUGGUGUUCUCCGACCCUCUGAUGGGUCCAGCCUCGGCUUCCUCCAGCAACCCCAGCUCCAGCCCCGACGAGGACAGCAGCAGCAACAGUAAGGACUCCGGCUUCACCAUCGUGAGCCCCCUGGACAUCUGAGCACAGUGCCCAGGCCACCCCCCUCGGCAGCCCCAAGGCCCAGUUCCCCCAGUGGGGACCCCUCUUUCCCAGCAUGCAUGUGACAUUGGAGCAGCCCAUUGAAACCCUGUAGAGAGAAGCAAAUAGGGCCACAGAGCACACAGACUGCUGUUCACCAGAGGCAGACUGGGCCGAGCCCUGCCCCACCUCGCUCUGAGGCAGAGCCGGGUAGUACCCCGUAUCACACUCACUGUCGGGGACCAAACCAGUCAGAGUGACUUUUCCUGUCCUCUGCUCCCUAACUGAGAAGCUGUGGCAACUCCGUCAGUUACAUCUGGAAGAAGGAAGAAGAGUUGGUUUCAAAUCUCCCCUCCCUCAGAGCGUCCGGCAUAGGAAAAUUGGUAUCAAGAAAACUUUUUCUCUGGAAUUUUGUAUCUGAACCAGUUCCAUUCCUCCCUUGGGAAUCCAUAUGGCAACACCAAAUGCAACAAAAUGGACUAGAAAUAGUGGAUUUCAGGGCUGGAAAAAACCCAUUACUGACCUCUCAGAAAGUUAAAAUGAUUUUUAGAAACAGGGUCUAAACUUAGGAAUCAUAUUUAGCUGUGAUGUGUUACAGAUUUCUUCUUUUUAAAACCAUUUCCACAUUUCAGGCCAGGUCGACGCUGGCCAUCACUGUCCCUUCUUAAUCAACUGUUUUUCACUUUUUAGAAUCUGUUACACCAGAAAAUAACGUCACUUUAAGCCAAUCUUUGCUGCACUGAUUUCAAAGGUUAUAAGAAUGUUACCUCCUUGAAUUGGAAAAUGACCCUGACUUUAUGGGGUCCAGUCGAUUUUCUGAUAAAGUUUCUGAAGUUUGGGGGCUGUGUUCACCUGUCAACUGAGGAGUAAAGGGAAAAACCCAAGCUCACUAGUAUCCAGAGGCAGGGUCUCCCAUUGGCCUUAAGGCAGCAGGAAUAGGGAAUUAGACCUGGAGUCGCUUCUGGGGGAGCAGGGCUUCCUAGAGAACAUUCCAGAUGCCAGGAGGAUGCAGGAUUUCUGCACAGCACUUCCCUUGCUGGGAGCCAGGUGUCGCAGCUGCGGGCCGGGGCUCAGCGGUGCACUGCACCCCGGGCAGGAGUGCCAGGCAGGGCCGGCCCAACCUGCCAGAGCCGUCCCGGGCUUCGACACAGAAUGACAGUCCCCUUGUCAGCUGGCAAUUCAGGACCUGUGAUAGACAGAAGCUGUUUCUCUUCUUAAGGAAGAGCCCUGAAAGGACGCCCGUCCUCUCCUUUCCCUGAGCAGGAACUCUUAUCAGUAGAACCACGCCCAUUUCACCUCCAUCAGGGAGGAGCAGCCCUCACCCUGGGGUGAAUGGUUUUUUGGGCUCCUCUGAGGCCGGCAAGGCCCCUGGGCAGCAGGAGCUUUCGUGGCAGCAGGCGGAUAGCCACGGAGAGAAGGAUAGGACAGACAUGGCGAACAUCCCAGCCACUGCUAGACAUGUUUUUCAAUAGACAAAUGUGAUAAUGACAGAUUUCCCACUCACUCUCCAAGAAAAGUGAUGACUCCAGAGUCAACUCCUCUUAGGUUCUAACUAGCUCUACAAUUUAUUCUUAAACUCCAGCAGAGAAAUCGCCUGCCACAUCAGUGCAUACGGUGAAUGGUGAAUGGGGUUUGCUCAGACAGCAGGGCGGCCUUCCAUGCUUGCUCAAAGAUGCGCUGAUUAGCUCUGGCUCCUGACUCUUAGGGGCCCGCUCAGCACCCUUUCGGGUGACUCACUGAGUAGGUUGUGCCAAGUCUGUGUCCCCUUGCUGAUACGUCAUAAGGCCAUACAGUGAGUGGCCUUGCAGCUGCUCAGGGCUGUCAUGAGUUUCUCUCAAAGGACCUAGCCUGGGAAGGUGUCGGAGUCUUCAGCUCUAAGGUAAGACAUGUGGAGCUGUCCUCACUGGGGCUCCAGGACAGAUGAAAGGGCCCUGGAGCUGGCUGUGCCCUGGCAGCUCGGACACAGUAGUCUGCUCACGUUCAGCAUCUUUUGCCCUAAGCUAGAGUCACAAUAGCAGUGUCACUGGCAACACAGUAGCCGCCAGACAUCCCCCACCCCGACAGGUUCUCGGCUAGUUCCCUGAAACCUCCCAGCCCUGCCAGCACGCAGGGCUGGGUCCUCACUUCUGUGCUUCUGUGCUGGUGCCACAUGAGAACCAAUGGGGUCACUCAGAGUGUUGCUUCCGUGGCCCCCAACAAGCUGCUCUCUCCUCAGAGAACAGAAACACAUCAGGGGGAGUGGGCGCAGACAAUGUCACUCAAAUUCCCAUAGGUUCAUGGGAUACGAGAAUCCAAUUACUGUCUUACAUUUUUUUAAGUGACUUGUUUUUAUUCUUCAUAACUGAGCAUUGCAGAACAUUAGUUACAGUACUAUUAAAGAAUUUAUGUUCCUUUUAUUAUUUUAUCAGAUACUUAAUGUUUCAUUGCACAUUUUUAAAAUCCUGAAUAUAUGAAACCUUUUUGUUUUUCUUUAACAGAUGUGGUAAUCAUUGGAACCCUCUCGUGUUUUGAUUCUUAGCAGUUAAAUAUAUUUUAUAUACAUUAAGUUUAGAUUAAUUCUCAUCAUCUACUUUUUUCUACAUGUACCUUGUAUUCAUGAUUCCUCUCUGAUCAUUUUAGAAAUUUGAAAUAUAUCUGUGCAUUACAUAUGAGAAUUACAGAUUAGAGAAAGAAAAUCAUUAUGACUUUGCCUUACCUUGUGUGUAUGCCAAGGGGUUGUAUAACACUUGAAACAUUUAAUUAUACUGGAUUAUUCUUCCAAAGAUGACCUCCUGCUAACGUUCACUGCUAACUGCAGUCUGGUAAGAAAUAAUAUCGCUGCAGAAUGAGUGUGACUAACAAUAAACCAAGACCUCCCUGUGAUUCGCCGCCUCUGUGUGACUGACUUGGAUGUUGUGCCUCAGCCCUCGGGGGCUGGGUUGUUCUCCAUUAACAAGAAUGACUCUUCUUUGUCAGAGACGAUGCACAAAUAUGAAAUGCUGUGACAGUCCUGUGGUCUCCUGCUGAUAACCUGCCAGAGUUGACCAAAAUUUAUUCUUUUUGUUUCUUUAAGCAGCUGCCCCUCAAAGCUCAUUACAGAACAAGCGUGUAUGGAUUUCCGCCCAGUGCUGAGCGGCCAGUGCUGAGCGGCCAGUGCUGAGCGGCUGUCCUGUGGUGCGUGGCCGUCCCGUCCCUCCUCCCCCGCAGAGGCACACCGGGCCCCGGUCCCCCACGCGACCAGAGCAGGGACACUGGGGAGCCCGGGGGGUGGCUACAGGUGAUGAUUUGAGGGCGGCUACUGGCAAGCCAGGACUCCUUCUUGCAGACCCAAACCGCUUCCUCAGUAUUACUUUCAAAAGCUCUCUUUAUGGUAUUAAAAAGAAAUAUAAAGUUCCUAUAAACAGGCUUGAGACUACUUUCAUGUAAAAGUUGUCAUAAUAUUUUUUCUCACAAUGGUACAAUUUAUUUGAUUUAUGGAAUACUCAGCCGUGCCAUUUAUAUCCUAUCACUUUUUUCUCAUGCAUCUUUACGCUACAACUCAUAUUGAUUUAAGAAAUGACUUAUCCUUUUGGCAAAGCAAUCCCAUUCAAUACGAUUAUAAUAAAAGAAUAAUGUGAAA